GUUCGGCGUGUAGGGGCGUCGUUGCUACUGCGUGCAAUGUGUAUCGUGUAGGCGUUGGCGAGAGGAAGGAGGCGAGAGAGCCGCGACCGCCGCCGCCACCUCGCUCUUUCGGAAAUGUGUCGUCCGUGAAAGGAAAAAAAAGAGAGACAGCGUGUGCACCAGAGUAGCCGGUGUGCCGCGUGUUCACACGUGUGUUUUAUUUCCCGAGGAAUCCUCGAAUCGCUCGAAAGCGUUCAUCGUAUCUCUCUGCUCUCUUCUCCCCCCUCUCUCACCACGCCGCCUCCUCUCUCUCUCUCUCUUUUUAUCAUACAUUGUGCCUCUAGAGCGCUGUCCAAGCCUUGUCCACGACGACGGAGCCACGUCUCCGCGUCCUGGGAAGCGUGAGUGAUCGUUAUUAUUAUUAUCAUUAUUCCGUGGAUAGUGGUGCCGAGGAAGAGAUCGCCGCCGACGCCUUUCCCCGUGUCGUGGAAGAAAGACAGGACGGACGAACGUACGGGGGCGUGAACGACGCCUUGUCCUUGCCGCUGCAGCAUCGUUCCUCGCUACGUCGUUUUGGAGCAGAGCGAUGUUUCGGAGUACGUCCGUCCUCCUUGUUGAGAUUUUAUAUACAUAACUCUCUCUCUCUCUUUCUCUCAUUCGCUGGCGUAGAGGUCGUGACUUCCGGAGAGAAAGGAGAGACAGAAAAAGAGAGAGAAAGAGAGAGAGAGAGAGAGCGGAGUACCGCGAGAAAGGUGUGCUGACCGCGUUCCUCGUCGUGACAAGCAAGACCAGUAGACCAAGAGGAAACUCCGAAGUGCAGCCAGUCCUCGUGGCACCUUUUGACGUUUCUCGUCUUCUGGAAUCUGCAAGCAGGAGCGUUUCGUCGAAUCCCGUAACUCUUCGUCCCACGAAGGUGUAUUAUUCUGUUCCGAAGAUCCAUCGACAAAGGUCUUCGGUAAUCCUGCGAACGACAAACCAGUGAAUUUUUUCCGGUCCGGUCGUGAAGAAGACUAAGAGCUAAAAUAAGAGAAAGGACCAACUGCAGCGAGACAUGUUUGGUGUCCCGAAGGGAGAUCCAACCGGCGAAGCGGGCGGUUAGUCGCGGUGCAUUCUGCUGCAUCUUACACUCUCUCUCCUCGAGAGGACGAGAUCCACGUGAAAUCGUAUCGGCAACGUGAAAAACGUUUCUAUCAUCCGUCAUUCCGACAUUGCUUUCCGUAUUAUCGCGCAAAAGGGACUCGGCGAGCCGGCACGCCUCCAUGUGCGCAUCCUGAGAGCUUGAGAGGCGCGUGGCUUGACAGGACCUCGCGAGCGGAGCGCCGGUUCGAAAGGAUCUUUAGGAAUUCGCUCUUUCCUCCUCGCGUUCGGUCCGGACAAAGGCGUGGAUGAUCCCGGCGGGCUAUUCAACGACAACAACGACGGCAGCCACGAGGUGGAUCGCGUUUCCUGCGGCUCGAACGGGUGCUGUCACGGCCGAUUCGUGGAAUGUGACGGGAGACGUCGCUCGAGGAGUAGCGAGUCGUAGAAAAGAAAACAUCACCCACUGCUCGGGAGCAAGAGACACAAAUCAGCUGGUAUGUCAAAUAAUCAGCUGGUUGACUCCUGUCUACGCGUCCUACAGGAGAAAGCUCCCGACAUGCCACAAUACACCGGACAGGGCGACACGGAUUACCAUGGGAGUAACGGACAGGCGGACACCCACUCGUUGCACUCGUCUCAUCUGUCCGUCCAGGAAGAUCCGCUGCUCAUUCGGACUCAUAAGCAACAAACUUCUCAGCAAGUGACGACUGUGACGAAAGUCGUGCGUGAAGUUUCCCACAUGGAGCCGGAUCCGGGCGCGGUCAGCUACAUGUCGGUGCCGCUAAUGUCGCAGGACUAUCAACACGCGGAUCCGCGCUACCCUGCGGACCCGUACAUGGUCAGUUUCGAUCAUUACGACCCGUACCUGGGCUACCCGCCGCAGCCUGCAGGUUAUCCGGGGCCUCAUGGCAUUUACAUGCCGCGCUCGCAUUCUCCGCACAGUCCUCAUAGCCCGUCGGAGCACAGUCGUGCUUCCCCACCACACGAAUAUAUGCGCAAGGGUGCGCCCUACGUGGAGGGUAGCUAUAAUGAUAUCGACCCUGGCUUAAACCCCGCUUUACAGGACCAUUAUCGCAUUACUCCGAGUCCAGGUGGGCCCGGGGAUCAGUAUGACGAGAGCAAAGUGGCCUACGGAUACGUGUCACCGUCGCCAUACGGGCCCGUCGGGUACGGGCCCACCGUGGGGGUCGGACCAGUUCCGAGCGACGUGCCCGGUUACGAAGAGGGUCACCCGGGGGUGCCCUUGACGUCGGGCGUGCCCCCCGGGAUCUUCGAGGACGAGGUGCACCUGCAACGACUGCAAUCGCGUCACCCGAUGGUGCCCGGCAUGGCCAGCCCGCUCGACGACGAUCAAAAGUCCAUGCGCUGGCGGGACCCGAACCUAUCCGAGGUGAUUGGCUUCCUCAGCAACCCUAACAGUAUAAUCAAGGCGAACGCGGCCGCCUAUCUGCAACACCUGUGCUACAUGGACGACCCGAACAAGCAGAAGACGCGCAGCCUAGGCGGUAUCCCGCCUCUGGUGCAGCUGCUGGAUCACGAUACCUUGGACGUUUACAGAAACGCGUGCGGCGCCCUUAGAAACCUGUCGUACGGUCGUCAGAACGACGAGAACAAGCGCGCCAUCAAGAAUGCCGGCGGCGUGCCGGCUCUUAUCAACCUACUACGAAGAACGUCCGACGCGGAUAUCAAGGAAUUAGUUACGGGCGUACUGUGGAAUCUUUCCUCUUGCGAAGAUCUAAAGAGGUCGAUCAUCGACGACGGUGUUACGAUGGUGGUGAACAACAUAAUAAUACCUCAUAGCGGCUGGGACCCGAGCUCGCCGAGCGGCGAGACCUGCUGGUCCACGGUCUUCAGGAACGCGUCGGGCGUCCUGAGGAACGUCUCCAGCGCCGGCGAAUACGCGCGUAAGAAUCUACGCGAAUGCGACGGUCUGGUGGACGCGUUGCUCUACGUGGUGCGCUCGGCCAUCGAGAAAUCUAACAUCGGUAACAAGAUCGUCGAGAACUGCGUGUGCAUCCUGAGGAACCUGAGCUAUCGCUGCCAGGAGGUGGAGGACCCGAAUUACGACAAACACCCGAUACAGUCUACGGUGCAGAACAGGGUCACAGCACCCGCGAAAGCAUACAGUUUAUGUCAAGGUGAGAAUCUGGGUUGUUUCGGCGGUAGCAAGAAAAAGAAAGAUGGUCAACCGGUCCAAAAGGAAACCACCACGUCACGCACGACAAAUCCGCGAACCGAACCAGUCAGAGGAAUGGAAUUGCUCUGGCAACCGGAAGUAGUAUCGUCGUAUCUCAAUCUUUUGCAAACGUGUUCGAAUCCGGAAACAUUGGAGGCUGCAGCCGGGGCCUUGCAAAAUCUCGCCGCCUGUUACUGGCAACCGAGUAUCGAAAUUCGCGCAGCUGUUCGCAAAGAAAAGGGCCUUCCUAUAUUAGUGGAACUCUUAAGAAUGGAGGUGGACCGAGUCGUAUGCGCUGUCGCGACUGCACUCCGGAAUUUGGCGAUAGACCAACGCAAUAAGGAACUAAUAGGCAAGUACGCGAUGAGGGAUCUCAUUCAGAAACUACCGUCUGGAAAUAAUCAGCAUGAUCAGGGCACGAGUGACGACACGAUCGCUGCGGUACUCGCCACAUUGAACGAGGUCAUCAAGAAAAACGCCGAGUUCUCGCGGUCAUUGCUCGAUGCCGGCGGUGUCGACAGACUAAUGAACAUCACUAGGCAACGCCAGAAAUACACGCCACGUGUUCUAAAAUUUGCAGGACAAGUACUCUUCACCAUGUGGCAACAUCAAGAACUGCGAGAUGUGUAUAAAAAGCAUGGUUGGAAGGAGCAAGAUUUCGUUACGAAAACCGUCGCGGCCAGAAAUUCAGGGCCUAAUUCACCCAAUAACGCUAACAGUUAUGAUUGCAGCACUCUGAAUCGACCAAUGGCGAGCCAGGGAAGCACAAGAUACGAGGAUCGAACAAUUCAGCGAGCAAAUAUGAAUUCGAAUAAUGUCGGUCGACCUACUAUAUAUCAAUCACAGCCGAAACCCGGUGAGCCGCUCUACGCGCAAGUUAACUUGGAGAAGAAAAAGAAGCGGCAGUACGCUGGGGUGGGCCAGGGUGGCCAGGUGGGUCAAGUCGCCGGUGGUAGUGGUGGCGUCGCGAUACCCGGAAGUGGCGGCGGCGGCGGACAAUGGGUACCGGACGGGGUCGGCCUGGUACCGGAUGGCACCGGCGCCCCUUCGGUCGCGGCGACGGUGGCCAAUCAAGUGCCUCCGCCGAGUUCGACCGCCGCCGCCGCCGGCGACUCCUGGGUAUAACGCGCCCUUAGAGCGGGUCCCACGCGGGACCGCCGGGAGGAUCGAGCCAGGAAUCUCGAGCACCUAU